AUGAGUUCAAAUGAUUGUUCAACACAAGAUUACUUGCAUUUACCAGAAGAUCAAGUUGGAAAUAACUUCGUUCCUAUGCGAAUUCCUAAUAAUAAUGAUAAUAGUAUUAAUUAUCAUGUAGGAAUUUCUAAUUCAAAUGAUACUGUGCCCUCAGAUACAUUUGAAUUCUACCUACCUUUACCAAAUGACACGAUCUAUCGGGUUACAUAUACUAAAUUACGCGUAUUUGAAAUCGCAACACUGUUAAAUAACGGUGGUGAUAUAUCACAUAUUCCUGAUUCGUACUUCCCUUACCAUCAAAAUGGACAAGGUUUUAUUCACCAACAGACUCAUCAACAAGUUCAACAACAUAUUCAUCAACAAGUUCAUCAACAUAUUCAUCAGCUCCAACAACAAUCUCAAACUUACGACACAAUUUCUAAUCCUCAAGUAGAUAUGAUUCCACUUAAUUCUCAAGUGAAUACAAAUAAUAAUACUUACAAUAAUGUGAUUCAUUCGAAUGAAGCGAUUUCAGAAAAUACGAUACAAACCCAUAACGAUACUAAAAUUCCUGCUACUUCUGUAGCUUCUGAAAGGUUUUUCUCUGAUGCAGGUAUUCACAUUACUGCAAAAAGAAGUUUAUUGGAUCCUGGUUUAUUAGGAAUAAUGGUAUUUUUAAAACGUAAUAUGCAAACUAUGGAUUAUAUUAAUGUAUUUCCAUCAGAUUUGGAUGCGGAAAGUAAUGAUUUUGUUGAGAAUGAGUAUGAAUGUGAUGAAGUGAUAAAUGAAUAUUAUUAA